CUCUCGCCUCCGCCCCAGGGUCCUGCGGUUCCAUCAUACACUUCCUGACAUCGAGUUCAGCGCCACACGCACGCAAAAUGGCUUCGAGGACAACCGGGCGAACAUCUGCGCGAUCGUCUGUGUCGCGCGAUCAGGCAUCUUCACCACCAAAACUAGCCAGCGACCGUCAAUCGCACAGCCCAGUAGCACGACGGACUAGAUCGACACGAAGUCAAAGUGUAGACCUUGGUGAAUCCGAUUCUGGGGUAACUACAAGAAAGGGAGCCAGGAGGACUAUGCGUCAAGGCAGUGUUGAAAGCGUCGAUAGCAACGCGAGCGCUGCUUCAAGCACCAAGAUCAGACCCAGCAGGAAGACCCGCACAGCAAGGACAAGCCCAGAAUUAUCAAUCCUUGCUGAAGAUCAAGAACCUGGACAGGACGAGGAAGAAGCGGCCAACAUCGAAGACCCGGCUGGCACAGCCCAAUCUCCACAGUCCCCCGGUGGCAUGUCACAAAUGUCUGGAACUACCGUACUUACAUCUGCUUCUGCUAAGACAUCGCAUUCCGUGGAAGAAAUCGAGGCGUUGGACCCCAUGGUGGUUGAAUACCUCCCAGAGCUCCUGGCUUCUUCGUGUAAAAUCUUGGACCUACUAGCACCGUCUGGCGCAACUUCAGAAACGGUUGAAUUGAUUGUGAGGGAUCUAAGAGUAGUGGGGUCAAGAAGAGCUAAACGGUUGAAACAUGAUGAAGAAAAGUUCCAAGCCGACAGGGAAAAUUACGGAUCCGAUGACUACAUCAACCCCGUCUUCAUCCGAAGAAGAUUGUUUGGUACCCAAGACAUUAAAAACGAAAGCGCGAGACCUGACGAUAUUCUUCACGCCGCCAAUCUUGCAACGUUGGUUAAGAGUCUUUUAGUGACGCAAAAACAAAGUCGGGCCACACUACCAUUACUCCAAAUGGUUGAUAUUUGGUUUCCGGAAGUGUUUCUCACGGAAUUUGGCGACAAUGGCCAGGCUGGAAGUAGUCUCCUGCUCAAUGAGAGCUUCGAGAUGAGUCUUGAAAUCCGGACCCAAUGUGCGAUCAUUGCCUUAUUAGUUCUUAAGGAAGCUGAGAACUGGAAUCCAGAGCAAAUAUUACUUUCGAGCUUCCUUGACCUGCCUUCUGCUCUCCAGAACUCUCUGCCGAUGCCCGACUUUGAGCAAGUCUUGAAUGAUGGACGUGUGCUAAGUAUCAUGCGAAAAGGGCCUGAGAACUCGGAGGAGCAAAACGACAGGAUAAAAUCUCGAAUCAGAGAGAUUCGGAAGGCGUUUCAACUUAAUAACGAUGCAGUAGAAGCUGGCGACUUGGUCGACUUUGAACGGUUAGAUGAGAUGUUUCCGUGGGCUGCUUUCCUCACACGGCUGGUUCAGUGGAGUCGAUUGCGAUUAGACGAAAUCAUUUCGAAUAUCAACCACCAAGGAGGUCUUGACCACAUUGUGAUAUCACUUAUCGAGGCUGUCAGGGAGAACAACAGCCAAAUCGAGCUUGAAUAUGAUCCACCCCCAGCGACUAUGGGCCCCGCGGCCAUCAAACCAAGUAAUGCUGGUCGAAACUUAUACGUUACGAAAAAUGUAUUUACACUCGAAAAGUUAAAGCGAGAAAGGUCUUCCGGAGGUGCUCCAUCAAAUCCAGUUCAACAGAGGAUUGGCGCUGCUAAUUUGGCCUCAUCACAUGCCAAUCAGGCUGGGCCCUUCAAGAUCCAGACCAUGAAACCAUCUGAAAAUGUUAAAGGGGCGCAUCAGCAAGGUCUAGAUCAUGUCCAGCCUGUUAUGCUCGAUGAUGAAUCAGGUCCGGUUCGUAGUACACAGGAGUAUCUCUCUACCUGGGACACACACAUUCAUGAUAAAAACAAGGAGAACCGACCUGUCUCUGACCGCGAGGAAACCAGAGCUGCAAAAAGAAGCAUAUUCGAUCGCCAGGAAAACGCCCGCAGGGAGGAAUGGGACGAUUGGGAUUCUGUUCCAUCGAAACUAAAGCGCUCCCGUCAACAUCGUGAAGCGGACGAGGACAGUGAAGAAGGCUUUCAGGAUGACCAGCGGCUUCCAAACCCGGGACGCAGAACUGCUGUACCUACAGCUCGGCAUCGAUAUCCAAUCCCGGUAGCUCGGACGUCGCCCAAGAGAGCACGGCUCCAGUCUCCUGAUGAUGAGAUAACUGAGGCUCGGCGUCGGAAUCGGCAAGCGAUUGAAGCAGCUCUACAGGACAGUGCCAGAAGAGCAGCAAGUGGCAGUGAAGGGGAGGAGGAAGAAGAAGACGAAGAACAGGACGAGGAGGAGGAAGAGGAAGAGGGACAAGGGGGAGAUAGGAGAUUGGUGCCCACAGCUGAACCGAACUUUGCGGAAAUAAGAGCACACGCGAGAUAUGCUGCUGCCAAAACCACACAACCCUCUCGUGCAACCCAAAGGCGGGUAUUCUGGUCUGCAGAAGACGAGCAACACUUUAUAGAUCUUAUAGAAGAGUAUGGGUGCAGCUGGGCGCACCUUGCGAAAAUCGCUGAUUUUCAGCAUGAAAGGAACCAAGUCAGCUUGAAAGACAAGGCUCGAAACAUGAAAGUUAGUUUCUUAAAGUCAGGAACACCCCUCCCCAUCAAUUUUGACAAAAUCGCUCUGGGCAAGAAAGAGAUUGCGGCUGUAAGGGCUGUCAUCCCAGAUUAUGAUGAACCAAUAUAGAGGACCGAUUAAUAUCAUUCCAUUCAUGCCGGCAACAUCGCUGAGGGUCCUCGGGGAGACAACCGCCAACUCGGUAGCCAGCAGUGUUUUCUUUUAGAGUAUUAUUAAUAGCUUCAAAAUUCUGGCUGGGACGAAAGCAAUACAGGAUUGCUUUGUGGGAGUAACUCGGGGCGUUAUUGGAAUUGCCAGCCUACUCAUGAACUAAUGGCAGACACUGCGUUUUCAUCCGUAGCAACUUCGUCUAUAGACCAGAGCAUUUACCAGUCUUCGUGAAGUAUGCUAUUCAUGGCCAGAUUUCUGGGCCAAUGGGGAC